AUGACUUCUCUAGUCGGUAAAACCGCCCUGGUAACCGGUGGAUCCGCCGGCAUCGGCGCUGCGGUCGCCAAACAGUUGGCUUCAAGAGGUGUACGAGUCGCGAUCAACUAUUCUUCCAACCGCGAACGCGCGGCAAAGACACUAUCACAGCUUGAAGGAUCCGGACACAUUCUCGUACAAGGCAAUGCGUUCGAUCGGGAGGGAAUCGAACAAUUAACAACGCUUGAAACGAUGAAAGACCUCGACAUAAUUAUUUCCAACGCUGGAUGGACCGCAUUCGGGGAAUUCAAUGAUCUCGGGGCUGUCAGCGAUGAUGACUGGAUGAAAUGCUACCAAAGCAAUGUCAUGUCCCACUUGUGGUUGUCUCAAGCUUGUAGAGAGACACUGGAGCGCACGAAAGGCUGCAUUGUUAUAUCGGCCUCCGUGGCAGGAAUCAAACCCAGCGGAAGUAGCAUGUUAUGUCUCGUCAAGCCUGUCUCGAAAGCGGCCACCAUCCAUCUAGCAAAGUCACUCGCCAAAGCCUGUGCCCCUAAUAUCCGUGUGAACAGUGUCUCGGCUGGGGUGAUGAUGACGGACUGGUCCAAGGGAUUCGAUGAAGAGCACAUCGAGAAAGUGAUUCAGAGCAACUCGCUGCGGAAGCUUGUCAACGUCGAGGAGGCCGCGAUGCUAUACGUUGCUUUGGCGGAGAACGGCUCGAUGACCGGGCAGAACUUGGAAUUAGUAGCAUCGUACUGA